AUGAUCAUCGAAAAGACCCCCCUUCCCGCGGAUCCCACUCCGACUGACGCGCCCCCUUCCUACGACGAUGUCGGCACCAGUGCCGGAGCGCCUCGUCUAUUCCCCACAGACGCAAAAUUACCACCCAUUCCCGAUGAACCCACCACCCCAAUGCCCAAAUCCCCGUAUCUAAAAUCGCCAGUACCGUCAGGAUCGUCGCACAAGGGCAAAGGACCUGCGACAUGGUUCAAUUUUGGCUUCCCAUCUCGCUCAGGUCGAGAAGUACGGACUACGGUUCUUGGCUUAGUCCGGGACUUGGUUCGGCACCACAACGCGGACUCUACGUCAGCCCUUGGCAUACUGCAGAGCUGCGCCGAAGCAUGCGCAGCAUACGAACUCUCCUUGUCUACGAUUCUCCAGGAGCGUUCCGUUGAAGACCACACGCCGUUAUACUGGGCGGUCAUCAAACGCCAACCAGACGAGUCCAUGGACGACGAUACCCAAAUACCUGAUCUACUAACGACCCUGCUGAGCUUCUCAGCACCUCUGACGCCGGAGACGAUUUCAGAGAUACGGCUGGCAUGUCUUAUCACGUCUGACCAACAGCUAUUCCAGCGUCUUCGUCUUUCCCCCCAAUUCUCUCCUCUAUCGGGGACGGAUGAGAUCAUCCUCGGGGGCCCCAUCCCACCAGACGAAAUAACGGUCGAAGACACCGUGGGCGACGAGGGCGCGUUCGCGGUGAACAUGGCGAUCGUGCAGUUCCAAAAGCGCAUGCAAGUUUCGAGAGAGGUCAUAGUCGAGUUUAUCGCGCGAUGUGAGCCUUUUUUUCGCCUUGUACACGUACCCGCCGGUUGA